AUGAGACAAGACCUUAAAUUUAGGAUCAUAAGUUCUAAUGUAAGAGUUGAUACCACGUCAAGAUUUUAUCAUGAACAUAAAUGGUCUGAAAGAAAACAUCAUAUUAUUGACAUGUUGUCUAAUCAUGCUAAAAAUAAACCAAGUUUAAUAGGGUUACAGGAAUUGAAACACCAUCAAUUGAAAGAUUUGAUUUCCGGCUUGAAUGAUAAAAGCGAAUAUCCCUGGUCUUAUUAUGGUGUUGGUAGAGAUGAUGGAGUAACUAAAGGAGAAUAUGCACCAAUCUUUUAUCAACCAGCUAAAUGGGAAUUAUUAAAUACCACAACUAAAUGGUUAAGCACUACUCCUGAUAAACCAUCAAAAUUCAGCGGUGCGGCUUGUACUAGAAUAGUGACCAUGACAACGUUCAAGAACCUUGAAACUGGUAUUAGUAUCAAUAUGUUGAACACUCAUUAUGACCAUAAAAGUGAAAGUGCUAGAGGUUUGGCUUCGGAAUUAAUAAUGGAGUUCAUCAAAUUAAUUCCUAACGAUUAUAAAACUUUUCUUUCAGGUGACUUUAAUUCCAUUUCCUCUGAUGCCAGUUACAAGACUUUAGUCAAGCAAUUAAAAGAUACAAGAGAAAUUGCUUCUAAAAAGUUAAGUUAUAUGAAUACUUACACUGGGUUCGAACCCGCUGAUAUUCAUGAUGUGAUAGAUUUUAUUUGGUGUCAAGAUGAUGUGAACAUCGAGACUUAUAAUGUCAUUGAUACCUGGACUGAACAAGGAUUCAGAUGCACCGAUCAUAGACCUGUUAUAGUUGAUGUUGUAACUCAUUAA